UAGAUCCACUGCAAUUAAUGUUUUAAGAACCUAUACCUUAUCAUCAAGCAAUUCCAGCCUCUAGUUAUUUUCAGCGGCUGUAGUUAGCAGCCGAGGUGGUGAUCAUGACGGAAGCUACUGGUUCGUUGGUCAAAAAAACAGAGGAGGAGUGGCGUGCGGUUCUUUCACCUGAGCAGUUUAGGAUUCUCCGUGAGAGAGGCACUGAAACGCCAGGAACUGGGGAAUAUGACAAGUUUUUCGAGGAAGGGAUCUUCAGUUGCGUCGGAUGCAAGACUCCUCUUUAUAAAUCAACCACAAAGUUCGACCCUGGAUGUGGCUGGCCAGCUUUCUUUGAAGGACUUCCCGGUGCCAUUAACCGAUCCCCUGAUCCAGAUGGAGAUGGAACUGAGAUCACUUGUGCCGCUUGCGGUGGACAUUUAGGUCAUUUUCACAAAGGAGAAGGUUAUGCUACUCCAACUGAUGAACGCCAUUGCGUUAACAGCGUUUCCAUCAAAUUUCACCCGGCCAAAUCUUCCUCUGCAGACGCCUGAGGACGAGUAGUUGUUGAUCGUACAAUAUCUUCAAAUCAGAUUGUGUUGUUCUAUUCUCUGGUUAAAAUCAUCAUCAUCAUCAUCAUGGUUGUUGUAUAUGCACUUUGUGUAGUAGAUUCAAUGCAGCAGAAAAAUAAGAAUAAUGAGGUGUGUAAUAAUUGAUCUUAAAUAAUUUUGUUAUUUAAGGAUCAUUAGUGUUUUUAAAACAUGUCUGUUUUGAGAAUCUUAUCUGUAUUUUUGUGUGGUCAAAACUGAAUCUUAUCUUAUCUAGAUCA